AUCACAACCCGAUUAAGUCUGCGGCAAGGAGGAUGUGAAAGGUCCACAUCCCUUUUUUAUAUUCAGAAUGGGGCUAUGAUGACGCAUUGCUAUGGCACUUUAGAGCCGCAGCCUGUAGGCGUACAAUAAUCCUGUAUCCAUUCAAAUAAGGUUUACUGUGGAGCUUCAGAUAUGAGCAACAUGGUAGAAACAAAUUUGAACUGCCAGGCACUGGAGCACACAGGCCAUGUUCACACAGUUGCCCCACCCAGAGACGCAGGGAUAAUCUGUGACGGAUUGCAUCAAGAGAAGCAACAAGAUUGACUCUCCAUAGAAGUCAGCGUCAAAAGGCUGAAGCCAGAUAUGCUGGCAUCCAGAACAGUAGACUUUUCAAACAUGCUUGUUACAGAUGCUUUAGCUCAAUUGUUUCAGAUUCUGCUAUGACUUUGGUUGAUUUCCUGAGUCACACUUCAAAUGGCACAGGCAGCAGGAGGGGCUCUGAUGGAAUUCUUCAGAGCCCCUAGGUCCAAGUAUACAGUUUUUGGUGAGGCUAUCCGUUAUGUUGUCCCUGCCCAUGUACAAUGUUCUUAUGGUUGUGGAGGACAAGCAUGCAAGUAUGACAAUCCAACGUACUGGAGUGACGAACAACAGGCUAUAAAAGGCCUCUACUCUUCAUGGGUGACUGACCACAUCCUUGCAUGCUCCAGACCCUCCACAGAAAUCAUUGAAAAAUAUAACAUAAUCGAUCAGUUUAAAAGGAAUGGCAUCAAAACAUUGAUCAACCUACAAAUUCCUGGUGAACAUGCAUAUUGUGGAAACCCUUUAGAGCCAAAAAGUGGAUUUUCAUACUGUCCAGAAGUAUUUAUGGAAAACAACAUUUACUUUUAUAAUUUUGGCUGGAGUGACUAUGGUGUGGGGUCCCUCACCGCUGUGUUGGACUUGGUGAAAGUCAUGGCCUUUGCACUGCAAGAGGGGAAGGUAGCAGUCCAUUGUCACGCUGGGCUUGGAAGAACAGGUGUGUUGAUAGCCUGUUUCAUCACCUACACAACUCGAAUGACUGCCAACCAGGCCAUCCUGUACGUCCGCGCCAAACGUCCAAACUCCGUCCAGACCCGGAGCCAGCUGAACUGUGUGAGGCAGUUUGUGCAGUUUCUGGUCCCCCUGAGGAGUGUGUUCUCAUGUGCUAAACCACUCACCUACCCAGUCACACUGACCCAAUACCUGCACCGCCAAACGCACAUUCUGCACGGAUAUGAACGCCGACAACUGAAGUACUUGCCCAAGAUCAUCCAGCUGGUGUGUAAGUUGUUAAUAGAUAUUGCAGAAAAUCGACAAGUGAUUGAAGAAGACAUUUUGGAAGCUCCUGAUAGUGAAGACUUGGAGAUGGAGCAAAGCAUAAUAGAGAAAUUAGGCCCAGAGAUUUUUAUCAAUCAACCACGAUUGCCAGGUUCACCUAUGUUACCAAGGCAUUUCAAUGAACCACCUAUCUUCUACCAUCGCAAAAGUCUCAGCUAUAGCGAGUCAGAUUUGAGAAGACUUGGAUCGGACCUCAAUCUCCUAACACAGCCAGUAACAUCUUUAUCACAAGACAAUGUUGGAAUGCCAGAACCGCCAACUAGUGCACAGAGAAAAAUAUGGAAUAGUAAUACUUCACUCAGUUCAUUCAGCUCUGUUAGUUCACUAUGGGAAAUCAAAAACUUAGAGCACCAAAAAGAUGGCUCAAUUCUGAUCAGAAGACAUAAAACUAGCAUCCAGCGCAGUGAAUCCAUAGGGAAUAAUAAGGAUGCAAAGAAAGGGACGCUGCUAACCAGGUUGAAAGCAGAGGAGAGAGAGGAGUUGGCAAAUGGGAAAAAAACGGAGAGUAGAGAAGAGGAACAUUCUGAGGUGCCCUUUAUCACGCUGCAGUCGGAGCUGUCACUAGAUGGCCGCAGGCUGCUGGUGGCUCAAGCUUUGGCCGUUGACCUGUUCCUGGAUGGAGAAGAGAGACACAAGAAGAAGGUGUUGGAAUGGGAGGCUGAACUAAACCAAGGCGGCGCAUGGGAGCGGCUGUGCCUGGAGCGUGACCCUUUCAUCCUCACGGGGCUUAUGUGGGCGUGGCUUGAGCAGCUCCGAGAACCCGUCAUCUCUGCUGAAGUCGCUCAAGCUUUGAACCCAAAAAACACAGACACCAAAACGCUCCUCAGCCCACUGGAUCAGGGUGCUCGAGAAACGCUAACUUGUAUUCUGGACUGUAUGGCUCAUAUGCAGUUUAUAUCAGAGAAGGUUGAGGAUGCUUUCUUGAAUCGGACCAUAAAGGCAUUCACCAGGGUGCAAGACAACACACCCGAGGGAAGUGAACUGUACAAGUCUCUGUCUAAGGUCCUUAUGUGUCUCUUGGAUGAGAAGAGAAAUUCACUGACCGUACCAGAGUUUCCGCGUUCGUGCUUUAAGUUACUCUAAGUUCAUUUAAAUUGUGCUAGGACGUGUGUGUGUGCUACAUGUUUGUGCCAAUACAAGUUGUGUCCACAAAGUUACAAAAAUGAUCAAUGUGAAUAUAAAAAGUACAAUAAUUCUCAUUCUCAGGUAAAACCAACUGACCAGAUACA